CACCGGGGCGGCGGACGAAAGGAAGGAGGAGAGGCGCGCAGGCUGCCCCGGAGAGCAAAGGUGGUUCUGUGAUCCUGCUGGGCAGGCCGCUUCCCUGGGCAAGGCGAUGCACCUGGUCGUUCCGCGGCGCUCCGAGCAGAGGGGCUGGGCGUAACCUAAGGCGGGGGAGCCGAGGCCUGGCAGGGGCAAAAAGAGCAGAGCGAGGGGCUGCUUCAUGCGCCAAGGCGUCUUCCGUGGUCGGCCAGAAGGCGCGAAGCAGCGGGAGCGCCGCGCGAAAGCUGCGUGCCCGAGGAUGGCGCGUCCAGGCUGGUCGCCGCCGGCCGCCGCCUUCCUGGUGAUGGCCGUGUGCCUGCUGGGCGUGGCCGGCUCCGACCCCGCCUGGAGAAGACCGAGGAAGAGCCGGGCGCCGGAAUCCCACGACGGGGAGCGUUGCUGGCUCCGCCGGACUCGAUCUACGGCGCGCCCGCAGCACCCCUACGCCAGCUAUCCGCGGCCCGUGGUGGGAGUCCCGGGGCCGGAGCGCACGCGGCGGCCCAGGCGCGCUCGAAGCGCCGAGGGCAGCAACGUGGAAGACACGUGGGAAGAAAGCAACGCCUUCCCGCUGCGCCAGCGCGCCAGAGCCGGGCCUUACGCACAAGCGCCGGGCUCCCUCGCCGCCCUUUACUUCUCCGGCGGGCGGGAGCAGCUGCUGCUGCGCCCGGGGGUCCUCGCCGAGCUGCCCCGCAGAGAGUUCACCGUCGAGGCCUGGGUGAAGCCGGAGGGAGGCCAGAGCAACCCAGCCGUCAUCGCAGGUGUGUUUGACAAUUGCUCCCACAUUGCCAGUGACAAGGGCUGGACUCUGGGCAUCCGUUCGCAGGAGAACCCUGGAAAAAAGGAUGCCCGCUUCUUCUUUUCACUUCGGACAGACCGCUUCAAGAGAUCCUCCACCAUAUCAGCGCAGCACCGCUACCAGCUCAGCACAUGGGCUCAUGUGGCUGCCACAUACGAUGGCCAUCAGAUGUUGCUGUACCUGAAUGGGGAACGGAUAGCUCGCAGUUCCCAGCAAUCUGGGGCCCUUCACAGUCCCUUCAUGGCUUCUUGCCGCACUUUGAUUCUGGGAGGUGACAACUCAGAGGAUGGACACAAUUUCCGUGGCCGCCUGGCUUUGCUAGCCAUUUGGAGUGUCUCUCUGCCCCAGGAGAAGCUCCAGAGGGCCUUCCUGAGAAAGAUUGAAGACAGAGAAGCUAUCAUGUUGCUCAGUGCGAGGUUCAGUCGCUUGGAGCAGCAGUGGGUAACAUUCAAAGAUGGGGCCUACCCACUGGUGGAGUUCUUUCAAGCACCAGAGCCUCAAGUUUUGUCACCACUUGUGCCUCCACUUUGUGGACAGACUGCUUGUGACAAUGUAGAGUUGGUCUCCCACUACAACAACCACUGGCCACUGAGGAAUGAGAAGGUGGUACGCUACCGUGUUGUCAACAUCCAUGAUGAUGAUGGGCUCCAUCCUACUAUCAGUGAGGAACAGAUUGCCCACCAGCACCAGGUGCUGAGCAAGGCCUUUGGACCCUAUAACAUCACCUGGCAACUGAACAUUCACAAGGUGUACAACUCCUUGCUCCGCUACCGUGUAGUCCUGAUAAACUGUGAGCCUGGCAAGAUUGGCAAUGAGUACUGUGACCCUGAGUGUGAUCACCCACUGACUGGCUAUGAUGGGGGUGACUGCCGCUGGCUGGGGCGCUGCUAUGACUGGGUGCGCCGGGAUGGUGUUUGCAACAUGGAAUGCAACAAUAUGCUUGACAAUUUUGAUGAUGGAGACUGUUGCAACCCCAGGGUGACCAAUGUAAAGAAGACGUGCUUUGACCCAGAAUCUUCUCAACGGGCAUACAUGAGCGUGAAGGAGCUGAAGGAGGAGCUUCAGCUGAACAGCACUCACUUCCUCAAUGUCUACUUUGCCAGCUCUGUGCGAGAGGAGCUGGCAGGUGCUGCCACCUGGCCCUGGGACAAGGAUGCCCUCAGCCACCUGGGUGGAGUGGUCCUCAAUCCCGCCUACUAUGGUAUGCCUGGUCAUACAAAUACAAUGAUCCAUGAAGUAGGACAUGUCCUGGGACUCUACCAUGUCUUUAAGGGGGUAAAUGAAAGGGAAUCCUGUGAUGACCUGUGCAGAGAGACGGCACCAUCCAUGGAGACUGGAGAUCUUUGUGCUGAUACGGCACCUACUCCCAAAAGCAAACUGUGUCGGGAUCCAGAUCCAAUCAAUGAUACCUGUGGCCAGACCCACUUCUCUGGAACUUCCUUCAACAAUUACAUGAGUUACACAGAUGACAACUGCACAGACAGUUUUACCCCAAACCAAGUGGCUCGGAUGCAUUGCUAUAUGGAUUUGGUGUACCAGAAGUGGAGUCAGGGCAGAAAGCCCACCCCUAUCCCUAUGCCACCGAUGGUCAUUGGGCAGAGCCAGGAAACCCUCACCAUAUACUGGACACCCCCUAUUAGUGGGGUACUUUAUGAAAGAGAAUCAAGCAACCUCUGUGGAGAUUGUGCUGAAGAUGGGACAUUUAGCCAGUACGUACAUGAGGCCUCUUCCCCUCGGACCUGUGAUUCCUCUGGCUACUGGACUCCAGAGGAAGCAGUAGGGCCUCCGGAUGUGGAUCAGCCCUGUGAGCCCAGCUUGCAGGCUUGGAGCCCUGAGUUUAAUCUGUUCAACGUGAGCGUGACCACCCCUUGUCCUCAGCCGCUUGGUUGUAUUUUGGAGCUCCACUUCCUGCAUCCUGUGUACCCGGAAUCUCUAGUGGUGUGGACAACCUACUUCUCUACGGAUGCCCCCAAGGCUCUAUCAGACGUUGAAAUCCUGACGGAGCAUGGGGACUCUGUACACCUGGGACCCAUGGACACUUUCUGUGACAUCCCCCUCACUGUCAAACUCAACCUUAACAAGAAGGUGUCUGCCGUAAAGAUCUACACAUUCGACAAGCAGAUGGAGAUAGACGCUGCAUUGCUGAUCUCCACACCCCGGAGCCCACUUUGUUCCAACUGCAAACCUGUAAGGUACAGAGUUGUCCGGGACCCCCCAUUUCUGGAUGGAUCCCCAGCAAUGGUGACACAGCCGGGACGAAAGUUUAUUGACAUGGAAGUCAUGGCAGGCCAGCUGUAUCGGUACCAAGUGCAGGCAGUGGCUGGAGCUGCUGUAGGUGAAGCCUCCCCACCUCUGUUCCACAUCCAUGGCUCUUCCUAUUGUGGGGAUGGAAAAGUAAGCAUAAGUCUUGCAGAAGAAUGUGAUGAUGGAGAUCUGACAGAUGGAGAUGGUUGCUCUCGAACCUGUAAAAAAGAAAAAGGAUUCCACUGUGUUGGAGAACCAAGCCUAUGCUAUGUCUCUGAUGGUGAUGGCAUUUGUGAGCCAUUUGAGAAAACCAGCAGCAUUGUGGAUUGUGGUCUCUAUACCCCCAAAGAGUACGUGGAUCAAUGGGCAUCAGAGGCCUAUGCCUCCCACCACGACCAGAAGGCAUGCCCAGUUUCCCUAGUGACUGGAGAACCUCUUUUAAGGAUGUGCAAGCCUUAUCCACAGGACACACUGGAGUAUCAGCCUCACAUGGCUUGGUUCCCUUGUGCCAACCAUGGUGUUCUUCAGGAUACAGACAGGGAGAAAAUGCUUUUGGAUGAUAGAGUUUGGCUGAAAGUGUGCUUCAACAGACCCAGUAUACCUACCUCACUCUUUGUUUUCCUGGCGUCUGAUGGCGCUUCUCCGGGGGGUGACCAGCCCAAGCCUACUGUGGCAGUUCAGCUGGGUGACAUCAGUGGGCACACCCAUUUCCUUGCAACAUAUGAGCUGUCAUGUCAGCAGAAUCCACUGGUUAUCAACACAGCUGACAACAUUGCCUUCCGCCAAAUUGCAUCUGCUCAGUUCAACUUCUCCUCCUUCUCCGUGGGCAUCUCUGCAGUGGCCUUGAGGAGCCAUUCAUCACCGCCAGAUCUUUCCAGCCCAAGCAACUGCCUCCCAGAGCAUGAUGGCCAUGCCUGCCAGAGACACAGCUGCACACAACAUACCUGCGGAGAGCAAAGCCGCUGUGUGCUGCCAUUUAUCCAUCAUGCUGCUGUUGUCAACUGCACUUCCAGCAGUCAGGAGCAUGUGGAAUGUGCUGUUACUUGUGGGAAGGGGUUUGUUCUCCAUGCCAGUCAUGGGCAGUUGCUGCGCCCAGGACAGAAAGAGAUCCUGCUGACUUGUCACUAUGGACAUUGGGACAGAUCUGUGACUUGUGACCCCAUUGACUGCCAAUUUCCAGACCAAUCACACAUGCUGUAUGCAGAGUUCUCCUGCCCUAAAGGGACCACCUUCAUGAAGCGAUGCUUCUUCGCCUGCAUGAAGCCAUCAAAGCUUCAAGGAAUGAGUCAGUGGCUGACCUGCCUGGAGGAUGGUCUGUGGUCACUCCCAGAAGCUUACUGCAAGCUUGAGUGUGACACUCCACGCCCGGUUGCCAAUGCUAAGCUGCUGGUGCCCCAAUGCUUGCAAGGGAAUCAUGAUGUGGGCUCUGUUUGCCGCUACAAGUGUAAGCCUGGGUAUCACGUUGCAGAAAGCUCAGAGGAAAAGCCCAAGAAAAAGUUCCUAAAUAUUCAGUGUCUUGAAAGUGGCUUCUGGGAAGAAGGUAACUGUGUUCCAGUGCUGUGUAAGCCGCCCCCACCAGUCUUUGAAGGAAUGUAUAACUGCACAAAUGGCUUUGAGCUUGACAGUCAAUGCGUUCUCAGCUGCAGCUCACAGACUAAGAAGGCUCCUAUCCUUUGCACUAAAGAUGGUUUGUGGACAGAGGAAUUUAAAUUAUGUGAAGAUCUGCAGGGGGAAUGUUCACCACCCCAAGAGCUUAAUUCAGUGGAGUACAAGUGUAAGCAAAGCUAUGGAAUUGGUGCUGUGUGCACACCUUCCUGUCUAAUUCUCCCAAGAGAUCCUGUGAUACUGCCUGAAAAUGUCACUGCAGAUACCAUGGACCACAGACUGAAGCCUACUAGAGUCCAGAAUAUUGUGUGCACUGGAAGACUGGAGUGGCAUCCAGAUCCAAAAGCCAUUCAUUGCAUUGCUUCCUGCGAGCCUUUCCAAGACGAUGGCUGGUGUGACACCAUCAAUAACCGAGCUUAUUGUCAGUAUGAUGGUGGUGACUGUUGCUCUUCCACGGUCUCCUCCAGGAAGGUGGUCCUGUUUCCUAAUGGCUGUGACCAGGAUGAGUGCACCUGCCGGGACCCAGCUGCAGAAGAAAAUCAGUGAUAGCAGCCAGGACGGCUUAUGCUGUCAGGCCCAGAAUUGGAGGAAACUGCACAGGCUUGUGGGGUAGCGUGAUCAAAGGGACUGGAAGGGCUGAUGGAUAGAACUUCAGUGGAAGCAUGGGCACAGAGGCCUAGUACGAUGAGGGAUAAGGAAGAAGGAAAGCAGUGAAAAAGAGGCCGAGAGAGGGAAAGGAAUGCAAGAGAAGAAACAAACAUCUUACAACCCCAGUUCGACUUCCUUUCCAUCAGAAAUGAAACACAGGCCGAAGGCCUAUUCCAUGGCCUUGCCACCUCUGUUGGCAAACUGGCUUUGGAUCAGGCCUCGAGGCUGCCUUCAUUACGUGACUGUAUAAAUGGUUUGCCACCUACAACUUGUCUGUCUUUGCUCUGAAUUUUGUCAGUAGGGGUUCCCCCCUUCACUGUCUAGGGCUUGAUUUUGGAGAGGGGGAAGAUAAAAUGAUCUGUCUGCAAAUAUUUAAGCAUAAUUUUAUUACAAAUCUAUAUUAUAUUUUUAUUUGCUGUUCAUUAAGCUGAAACGUGCUGCUGUGAUGUACAGGACAUCAGAAAACGUGGUGUCAGGUAAAGAAGAAUUCCCAGAAAUGGAGGGAAUUCUGAGGCCUGGUUUAUGCAAACAGCAGUAUCAAGUAGUAACAUUGUUUUGUGUUUUUCUGGUGUAAGGUUGCAUAUUUGAAUGCCCCUCCAAAUCCACCGUACCCUGCCCU